UAAAGAUGGCGGCGACGGCUUCCGGCGCCACUGGGAGGGCUAUGUGCGUUUUCCGAGGCUUGGCCUGAGAGGACGGGAAAAAAACGUGAGGCCCCUGGCUGUUGAUUGGCUGGAGCGAGAAGCGGAUGGACGUUGACUGGCUCCGGCGUUCGCGGGAAGAAGUUUGUGGCGCCAGAGGAAAGUAGACACCGGCAACACGGUUCCGAGGGUGGUGCUGCGAGCCCGUUCGACCAGAACUUUCGGAGACUCGUUCGUAAAGGGAUUGUGACCAAGAUGUGGAAUAAUUCCUACGACAGCUUCAGCAAUUCCAGCUACGGAGGAACUGCCAGCUACACACAGUCGCCGGGCGGCUUCGGGUCACCCACCGCCUCGCAGGCCGAGAAGAAAUCGAGAGCCCGGGCCCAGCACAUCGUACCCUGUACCAUAUCACAGCUGCUGUCAGCCACGCUGGUGGAUGAAGUGUUCAGGAUUGGGAAUGUAGAGAUUUCACAGGUCACCAUCGUGGGGAUUAUCAAACAUGCAGAGAAGGCACCGACCAACAUUGUUUACAAGAUAGAUGACAUGACCGCUGCACCCAUGGAUGUCCGUCAGUGGGUCGACACAGAUGAUGGUAGCAGUGAGAACACCGUGGUUCCUCCAGAAACAUACGUGAAAGUGGCUGGCCACCUGAGGUCCUUCCAGAACAAGAAGAGCCUAGUAGCCUUUAAGAUCAUGCCCCUGGAGGACAUGAAUGAGUUCACCACGCACAUUCUUGAGGUGGUGAACUCACACAUGAUGCUCACCAAGUCAGCCAGCCAGCCCCCCGCAGGGACAGCCUCUUUCAGCAAUCCAGGAAUGAAUGAAGUGGGAAACUUCGGUGGGAACAGCUUCAUGCCAGCAAAUGGUCUCACUGCAGCCCAGAAUCAGGUGUUGAAUUUGAUUAAGGCUUGCCCAAGACCUGAAGGAUUAAACUUUCAUGAUCUCAAAAACCAGCUCCAUCACAUGACUGUGGCCUCAAUCAAGCAAGCUGUGGAUUUUCUUAGCAACGAGGGACACAUCUAUUCUACCGUAGAUGACGAUCAUUUUAAAUCAACAGAUGCUGAAUAACUGGAUCUCAGCGAGUACCGAGACGCUUGCCAGCCAGUCCUAGUUUUGUCUUCUGUGGUCUCCAACUGUGUACAUUUGGUCAGGUGACAUCUAGGAUGUAGAGUGUCAGCUAGGGACCUGCUGGGACACAGUGCUCUUCUAAUUUUGUUUUUGUGUUUUUGGUGGUCAAAGGGAGACGGACAAUUGACGGGGAUGUGACCAGGGUGGGAUUUCUUGAAGAAUUUUGAGAAAGUUCCUUCCAGCGAGAGGAUGGAGGGACCUGGAAGGGGGAUGCCGCCAGGAGAGUUGACAUGGACAGUAGUGCUUAGGGCUUUGUGUUUCUGGCCUGUGUCCUGUGAAAGGAGGUGGGCAAUGCUGGGCUCUGCAGCUGCGGCCCAGCCAAGAAUCCCAGUGACCUGGGCUGGGUCUGCGUCCCUGGGGGUGCGUAGCAUUACUUUCACAAUUGCACUUUCCUUGAUCUUUGCUGCCAAAAAGUGAGCUCGUGUGAUCAGGAGAGUGGUGAUCUCGAGGGGCAGCAAGGAGGGAAUGCUGUCGUGCUUUGUACAAAACAAGGGCUUUCAUGUGUUUAAUAAAACAGUCCUGUUGUUGCAGUAACUGGAGACUUGGA